UUAAAAAAAUUGUUUAACGGAAUUUGAGUCCUCACAAGCAGCCAACCUUUCCUUACAGUCGAGUUUCUGACCUUAUUUCUGUAUUUUUUCAAGAUGAACAGAAUUAUUCUCCAGCUCCUUGCGGUCGGAUUCUGCUUUGUAAUCGGUCAAGCUCUGCAGUGCUACAAAUGCAGCAUUGGCUUCGGAGAACUCUGCCUAACCACUACAACUACAUGUGAAAGCGAUGAACAAUGCUUCAGUGGCCUCGGGACUGCAGCCGGCUUCGUGGAUAUCAAGAUGAAGGGCUGUCUAAAAGUGUCCGAGUGCAACAAGACAAGUUUCAAGGACAUCCCCUCCAUCUCCAACUCCACCAUCUACUCCAUGAACAAGACGUGCUGCGACUACGACCUGUGUAAUGCUGCGCCCGGUCUGCCUGGGUCCUACGGCCUCAGCCUGACCCUUGCCACCAUCACUGCUGUGUUUGUGGCAAAUGUCCUGGUUUGACAGAAAAUACAGCAGAUGACACAAAGUGCACACGCGCACACACACACACACACACACACACACACACACACACACACACACACGGGUCUUGUGUUUAUUAUCCUUGAGGUGUAUUAUGCUUAAGUGUUUAUCAAUUGAAGUUUAAUCAAUAAGCUGUUCUUUUUUCACUGCAAGGGAUAAUAAAAUAUUAGUUGACAAUUUAAAGUGUAAAACAAGUGUGUAACAUCAAAGAUGAUUUAAGAUGGAAAAACCUAUGUUUUUUUUAAAGUGCCCUACAAUUAAUAAAGUAUAUCUUAACUUUCUCCACUUGAAAAAGUAGCAUAACAUUUAGUUAAGGGGACACAUGAAUCAAAUGUCAGGCAAUUCACACAAAAUAGUGAAUAAAUGUAGGUUAAUUAAUGCCAAUGCAGCUCAGCUUUUUUUGGUGCGUGUGCGUGUUUUUUGGCCGGGAAUUGGAUUAGAAGAUUGAUUGCUCUCUCAUUUCUGUCCAUUCAAUCUGAAGCUUAUCUUAGCAUAAAGACUGGAAACGGCUAGUCUGGCUCUGUACAAAGGCAAAGAAAAUGUGCCUACUAGCCCCUCUAAAGUUCACUAAUUAACACUUCAUAUCUCAUUCGUUUAUUGUCCACACAAAUGUCAAAAAAGUUGCGUUUUUACACACACAACUUAAUUUGUGAGAUUUAAAGUUGUAGUAAAUGCAUUCUUUUACCAUUGGACAGAGCCAGGCCAGGUGUUUGCCCCUGUUUCCAGUCUUUAUGCUAAACUAACCGUCCCCUCAUGGUAGCUUCAUGUUUACUGUGCACAGAUGAAUGCAUUCUACUUAUGUAACUCUAUGAAAAAAGUGGAAUAAGCAUUUUUCUCGAAACUUUGAUCUUGUGCUUUUAAUAAAUUGCCUUUGACCGGCUGUAUUGUCAUUUUAGAGUCAUAAUAUUCAAAUACCAGUAUAUGGAUUUCAAAGCUUCUAUGAACGUUUCAAUUGCUACUCAUUUCAUUUAUUGCCAUUCUCUAUGCGGUCACUUUAUUAACGUGUUAAUGUAAAUUGUCUUGGCUUAUGUCUGAUAGUGUCUGUGAAAAGAAUUAUUUUUCUUGUUUGGGUUUUUUUUUUUUUUUUUUUUUUUUUUUUGGCACAAAUAACUCCAAUUCUGUGUUUACCUGGUUUUAUUUUUAAUAUUCGUGUCGUAAACACACUGCACAUUACUCAAACUGUGGGGUAAAAGCAUUUGUUUAUCUUGCUAGAUUCUAGCAAUUUAAAAUGUGUCGGGCUGACCUUAUUUAACACAAAUCAUUAAAGAUGAAUUACUGUCUGAAUGUUUUUAGUGAAAUGGGUUAUGUAGACAAUUUGAAGAAUGCAAUAAAUAUCCAAACUGGGGAAAAACUAA